AUGUUGGUUGGUACACCCCAGCUGCUGACACUGGAUGAAGCUGAUGCCACCUGGACCCUUAUCAAAGAUAAAGUCACUGAAGAGCGCUUUGGGCCCAGCGUAGUGGCAGUACCUUUCCUAUCAGAUGCAGCCUGCUAUGACCUACUGGGAGUAUUGGUCAAACAGUCUCGCCCAGCCCAUUCCCGCCUGGCUUUGCCAGGUCGCCAGGGCCGGAGAACACUGCAACCAGUGGGGCCACUGCCAAGUCUUCUGGAGCAGGCAGAGUCUGACGGAGCUUUUGCCCACUGUACUCAAGAAUACUCACCAAAUGGCCGAGGAGAGAUAACCUAUGAAGAGAUGCGACUGGUGGACGGACAACCCUGUCGUAUAUGCCUACAUUUAGGUGGUCUGCGCAAGAAGGUGGCCUUUUUGCUGCUACCACCGGGACAGGUGAGCCUACAGCCGACUCUUCCUUGGCUUCGAAGCAUCCACAGCAUCUACGUCAUCUACCAGGUCUUCUCCUGCUCAUGGCUGCAGCUUGGACUACUGCCCACAGCACGUGAGCCACAGCUGCUCCGGUUACAACGGUCACUGCCCAUUGCCUUCUCUUGCCUGAAGUUUUCAUUGCAGCCCAAGGGUGUCCUGGGGCCACAGAAACCGCUGACCAAGAACCGACUGCCCCAUGGGGCCAAGUGGAUGAGACCCAAUCUCAGCAUCAUGCCCCCUCUGUCCCCCACAUCAGUCCCUGCUGAUAUCCCCGAAGUCGUUGCUGUGCCUCCACCUGUACCAGCCCCAUCUACACAACCUCCCCAAGAAGGGCCAGAGGGCAGACCCACCAGAUUCUCCCACAAGAGCCGAAACCCAUUCCGGAGGGGACCAAUGAUGAUGUCAGAAAACUGGCUCUUCAGUCCCCGCAACCCCCCACCAGGAGCCCAGGGUGGGGGCCCGGGGGAUCCCGACCGGCACUCCAUGUCCCUGCCCCUGCUGCAGGGUCUGUCCUCAGAAUUCGACAGCGACGACUGA